UGCCCAGAGUUAGUCUUCCGAUGUCAUGGUCUUAGCAAGGGCCCCCUUCUUCGCAGCUGCUGGGUUGGACGGAGCAGAUGGGCGUCGCGGCGGUAAACUGGGGCCACGUUUCUCCGCCCUUUCCCGGUUCAGUUUCCCAUUGCUGCCUUUCCAGAUUCUACCCCAUACUGGAGGCUGGGGAAAGUCGCAUCCCCACGUGCGGAAGUGCGCGCGCUCCGGCGGCAUCGAGCGCGCUCCGGUUCCCCUGAACGCAAGCAACUGAGCGGCGUUCUUGCUGGCCGGGGUUGCCCUCGUGGAACAAGGCAGCAAAGAUGGGACCUGAGUUGCAGUUUUAGAGGAAAUAAUAGAAUUUUUGGAGCCAUCUUCAGCAAUGUGCACCUUGAGCUGGGGUUUGAAAGUCCUCUUUGUAAUGCUAUUGUGCAGAUUGACGAAAGUUCCCCCAGCUGAUGGGAAAAGUGAAAUUCUUCCUCCCACCAUACAGAAAAUAAUGAAAGGAUAUAACAAGUAUCUGCGCCCAUUUUUUGACAAUGGCCCUGUCUCAGUUGGAAUGAGUUUGGAUAUAGCAAGCAUUGAUACGAUAUCAGAAAUAAACAUGGAUUACACAGCUACUAUAUUCCUAAGACAACGGUGGACAGAUGAACGCCUUUGUUUUGAGGGUAAUAAGAGCUUAAGUUUAGACGGUCGCCUCGUAGAAAUGCUUUGGGUACCAGAUACCUUUAUAGUGGACUCAAAGAAGUCAUUUCUUCAUGACAUUACUGUUGAAAACCGUCUAAUAAGAAUAUAUCCCAAUGGAACAGUCCUUUAUGCUAUACGGAUAACCACAACAGUUGCAUGUAAUAUGGAUUUGACUAAAUACCCAAUGGACAAGCAGACGUGCACCUUGCAACUGGAAAGCUGGGGUUAUAACAUUAAUGAUGUUAUGUUUUACUGGACAAGAGGAAACGAUUCUGUUAAAGGUUUGGACGUGAUUCAGUUGGCACAGUACACAGUAGAAGAUCACUAUACCUCUGUAUCUGAAGCUGUCUAUGAAACAGGGCACUAUCCAAAAUUAGUCUUCCAUUUUGAACUCAAGAGGAACAUUCUGUAUUUCAUUCUUGAGACUUAUGUACCAUCCAGCUUACUGGUCGUCCUCUCCUGGGUGUCAUUCUGGAUAAGCCAAUCAUCAGUUCCGGCCAGAAUCUGCAUAGGGGUUACAACAGUACUCACCAUGACAACCCUUAUGAUGGGAGCUCGGACAUCUCUUCCGAAUGCUAACUGCUUCAUCAAGGCAAUUGAUGUCUAUUUGGGCAUUUGCUUUACCUUCAUCUUCGGGGCGUUACUGGAAUAUGCCGUGGCUCACUUUUGCACCUUUAAUCGAUUUGGUGUGAAGAAACUCACCAAGGAAGAAGAUGAUGAAGCCGAGGAGGAGAUCAAUGGAGUCCUGUCAGCAAUUGCCAACAGUUGCAAGGCUGAGAAGAUUAGAAAGAUGGAUCCAGACAAGUUGACCAAAACGUCCCUUGGCACAAAAGAGAAGAAAAGUCAGCACAGAAAAUGCUGCUCUGCAACAACAGUCAUGAAAGGACUUUGCUGUAUAUUUCACUGCUUCCAUGUUAAAAACCCAUAUCACAUAGACAAUUAUGCCCGGAUUUCUUUUCCAUUAUUGUUUAUCAUCAUAAAUGUUUUUUAUUGGGUGUAUUAUCUGUGGUUCUAAGCUCUUAAAAGUCUCUUCUGAAAGUGUUCUGACUGCAAGGGGAAAGUGCACAGGCUCAGCAUUAGGAUCAUCUUGUUUUGUCAUUUAAUUGAUGAGAUCUAUUGAAUUUCUGGUCCAACUACCAUCUAUCUGUUAAAAUGACUGUAGUAUAAAAUCCUGGUCAUCUGUUCAAUGCAUGUGUUUUGACACUGACCUCGGUUUUGAGCAUGCCUGUUCCACUGCUUUACUGAAUGGCAGAAAACACCUUUUUACCAUUAAAGCUACUUGUUAAACUCUG